AUGCGAAUUAUGAGUGGGAUGUUCUCAGGGAUAAAACAGUUGGAGUGCAAACUGAAAUCGCUUGACGAACUUGAUUUCGAAGCUUUAAAGGAAAAAGCUAUUUGCUUACUAAAAUAUAAUCAACAAUUAGAGAAUAUUAUAUCAAAGCUUCAAAAACAAGAAAAUGAUGUCCCAAAAGUCAUCAAACCUUUCAUUUUUGACAGGUAUAAGAAGCGCCAUAUUGCGCUAAAAGUAUCGUAUUUAGGCUGGAAUUACGGUGGAUUGGCUCCUCAAGGUUGUCUCGCACUAACCGUCAUGGACCGCGUUUUCGACGCACUGGAAAAAUCCAAACUCAUUGAAAAUAGAAACGAGUGCAAUUUUUCAGUUUGUGGACGAACUGACAGAGGAGUUAGUGGGCUGUGCCAAGUUGUUUCUCUUGUUUCGCGUUCACUAAUAGAUAGAGGGGUCGGAAUUAUUGAAGAUUCUGGUUCUCGUAUCUCUGAGCGUCAGGAUGUUCCUGACAAAGAAAUGGACUACGUUUCUGCAUUGAACAGAAAUCUACCACGCGACAUCCGAGUCCUAGCCUGGUCUCCCGUCUCACCAGACUUUAGUGCAAGGUUUAUGUGUUGCAAAAGAUCUUACGAAUAUUAUUUCCCUGAAAGCGGUCUAGAUACUAAAUCAAUGAUGGACGCGGGUAAUCGGCUCGUCGGAGUACAUGAUUUCAGGAACUUCUGUACUUCCCGAAUCGAAAAAGAUACUGUGACUUUCAUACGUGAGAUUUUCGAAGUGGUUAUAAGCGAUGUAGACUCGUGUGAUCAGCACUGCAAGUUAUGUCGCAUUAGCAUAUCGGCUUCGGGUUUCCUUUAUCACCAAAUACGGUAUGUUAUGUCCAUCUUGUUUAUGGUAGGAAGGGGUUAUGAAAGUCCAUCAGUUGUUGAUGACAUGUUGGAUUUGAGUAAGACUCCCGCUAAACCUCAUUAUCACCUUGCAGCUGACUUCCCGUUGUUAUUUAUUGCUGGCACCUACCCAGAAUCUUGUUUAAAUUGGGAAACAAGUAAAGCUGCUCAACUAGAUUUGGUCAAACAUUAUCAGAAAUUGUGGUCAGAAUACGGAAUCCGAUCAGCUAUUGUCAGAAGAAUGUUGAACUAUGUUGAAAGUACCAUUCCAAAUAGCUCACUAAUCAAUCAUCAUUUGGAUGAAAUAUCUCCAGAGGCUAAAUUUAUUAGCACUUUAGAACUGUCUAAUAAGAAAACUGUAAUUAAGAAGCUAUCUACAAGACAUGUGGAACUUACUGUGGAUGAGAAAAUCGAAAAUUUGCGUAAAAAGAGGAAAAUAGACACGUGUAUUUUGGAAAAACCCAUAGAAACAGAAUUUACUGAGCAGUGUACUUGA